AGGGGGCGGAGCUAAGAUGGGGGACCCCUUUUCCUGAGGGAGCUAGUUUCGUGAGGGAGGCCUUGCCCUGAGAGGGAUACUUUCCCUGAGGGAGGAUAUCUGAGGCUAUUGAGUGAAGACCCUGGAGUGCUUUGCUGCACUAAAAGUUCCCGUGAAAAGGCUACAUUGACAUGAGUGCUCACAGCUGAUGAAAUCUGCAUGUAUUUAGAUGAAUCCCACUCCUUACUUUACUGCAUUUGAUUUUCCUGCAGUUAUUGUGUCUAUGGGUAUCCGUUGUGUCUGUGCUGUGCUACACACCUCCCUGGGCACCAACUCCACCCAAGAGGAGACCAGCUUGACCAGGGAAGAGGUGGAAAGUAAUGGAGAAGAAAUUAAGCUGCCAGAUGAUUUUCUUCUCAUCCUUGCCCAGUAAUGGAGGAGUGUCAGCCUGGCUGGCCAAUUUUAAGAGAAGAAUUGGAGCUGCCAGACCCAGACAAAAAGACCCUCAGGCAGAGAAUGAUCUUGGCACGCUUCUCCCAGGGACAACACAGGGCACAAACAUCAUUUUACCCAGGAAGAAAGGGAUGCUCUGAAGGGUUUGCAAUGCUUCCACCGUGCUGCCUGUUACAGUCCGUAAUGCCACAUGUGACGUCUCCUUGACCUCUCUACAAGUUCUUGUAGAUGUAAGGCCUUGGAGGAAGGCUCACAGGCUACCCACCUGCUUAUAUCCCAGGAAAGAGGGAAAGAAACUGGGAGGAAGAGAAGCCCCUCAAAAGCAGCUGAGCAGGAGUGUACCGAACCCUUUCCAGGAGGCCUCCAUUGCUGUCAAGAGAUUCAAGGGCACUGCUACAUGUGCUUUUUCUGAUUCCUAGAAAAAAUAUGUGCCAGACCUGACAAACGGUGAUAUACGUGAUGACUGAAUGUUGACAUCAGCAGGCAUUUGUGCUUUGGAAGGUCACAGCAUCUGUCAGCCCGGUCAGCUGAUACAAAGCAUGCAACCAACCUGUUUGUUUCAUUCCAGCAGUCUGGGAUUGGCAAUCCAUGAAGGAAGGAGAGGAUUCUGAAGCAGUAGUAGACUGUUUGCUCCAGGACUCUGUCCAAGGAGGCACUUUCCAUGUCUGUGCUUUUCUGAGGAGUGUGAUGAAUUUCAUGAACAGAGCCAGGAAGGAUGCAUUUAACUUGUGAUGUCUAGAAGUAUAAGAGUGGGACCAUGGAAGGAAAAGAGACAUCACCAAGUCAUCACUCAGAGGAGAGCAGCGUUUUGGACCUACCCUCUGCUUGUGACCUAGCAGAGUACUUUCUGCCUCCACACAACUCUGAAACCAGCGAGGAGCUUUUUCAGUCUGUGGAUACUUUUCCCUCUCCACCCACAGGAGAGAAUGAUCUACCCUCUGCAGCUCCUGAGAGCUUUUCUGCUGGAGGCUGUGAGAAAACAAAUGUGAGAAGUUACCCAAAAGCAGGGCUUAGUGAGGCCACUGAACCCGACGAUGCUGCGCUCUCGUGGAUGUGUGAGCGCGACAGCAGAGAAGAUAGCGGCAUAAGGAAAUCUCUUGAUGGCUUCUACAGAAUGUAUUGCAAAAAACAUCCAGACAGAACAGAUCCCACCUACGAGGCUGCGUCACAAUGUCUGUCACAGAAGAUUUCAGAGCUAUCAGACCAGGAUGGCACCAAAUAUGCUUCGCGUUGCCUGCAAAUGGCCCAGGUCAUCUUGAACAGAGAUGGGUGUAAGAUCUUUCCAAACUACCCCGCUGCUGCUUGUUUUUCAAAGCCAGCUGAAGGAGAAGUCAAGUUGGAAGACAGAAAGAGAACUCCUGGACUCUCAGAUGAUGUCCUGCAAUUUCUCUUGAAACAAACACAGGCAGAACACGAGAAGUGAGCAAGGCACUGGUUU